AUGGGUGCAUGUGUGCUGCUGCAGCUGUGGCCCAGGCUGGCAGACUGGUUUGGGCUGGGGGUGGCGCCCCCCCUGCGCAUCCCCCUGACCAAGUUCAUGCCGCACCACAAGGACCUGUGGGCCUCCAUCGUCAAGAAGUACAACCUCAAGGACAUCCCCUUUGAGAAGCUGGUGCGCUGGGAGUUUGCAGAGGCGACGCUGAAUGCCAACAGCGACGAGUUUGGCGACGUGACCAAGCUGCGCAAGGCCGGCUUUGAGGGCCAGAAGAUGUACACGGAGGAUGUGUUCCACCGCUGGUUCAAGGAGCUGGCAGACAUGCGCAUCAUCCCCAACUACCCGGCCAUGCAGAAGAGCACCUGA